GAUAUAUUUUAUUGAAAGGAAUAUCAACUUCCGACACCAUGUUUAAAGUCUUCGUACUGUUUGUCCUGGCCUGCGCAAGCGCACAAUCAGAUGACGAGCCCUUUUCCAUAGGACUGGGCGUUCUCUCCCCCUCUUACAGUCAAAACGUGGGCAAGGAAAAUGUAAAAGUGACCUUCAACCAGAAGGACGAUGGAUUCUCGUACUCGAUCGGAGAUCCCAAGUCCGGCACCAACACCUACCUUAAAUUCGGUGCAGGAGCCGCACAAGUCCCCGCUUACCAGCCUGCCGGAUACAAUGCUCCAAAUGUCGGAUACCGAGCUCCCGGAAGCGUUCCGGCUGCAAAUCCUGCACAGUAUGGGCAAGGUGGUUAUGCAGUACCUUCCGGAUAUCUGGAAGCACCUUCUUACGGAUCCGGAGUUUACAAUGCUCCUUCUCAGGGCCCAGCAAACAGUGGAUACUACGGAGAAACUGCGCGCAAGCCCCAGGGUGGUCAAGGGGAUAUCUUGCCAGCCGGAUUUUCUUACCAUGGAACAGAAGGACAGGCCUUUCUCAGGGACGAUGGAGAAUCCCCCAACUUCAUGGUGUCAGAAGGAGAAGAAACUGCAAGAGGUCCAGCAGAACAGAGCUUCUACGGUAACAGCAAGAGUCAGACCUUCUUGCCCAAUGGACUCGUUGGAUACGGUUCAGCAGGACCCUAUGGGGCGAGUGCCCUCCAAAGACAGCAACAUGGGGGUCAUACCAGCGAAGAUAUGUCCCCUUACACUGGAUGAAUUUCCACAAAGAAGUAAUAGCACUCAUAAGAACACAUGAAGUCGUUCUGUUGACGCUCGAUCAGUAGGAAUCUGUGAUGGCGGUGAUCCACGAAAUAACAUUUGCAUUCGCAAUUAAAGUAACUUUUAUGUGAUAUCAAUAUGACGAUGCUUAAAACCAAAUAUUUUACCGAUUUUUCUAUGAAUAUGACACUCAACUGAUAUGACUGUUGCAGUCACAACAGACAUAGUCACAACAGUCUUUAAGUUGAUUGAAGUUGCCCCUAAGCUGACGUUUAGGAAAAUUAUUCAGGUUUAACCUGAAACUGAACCUCAACCAUUUAACCUCAUACUGAAACUGUUCCCGUCCUUCAGAAACAUUGAUUCCAUUUUCGAAUAUUUUAGAAUGAGGUUAACGUUAAUAAACUAAAAGAAAGCUUAGGAUAAAUCAUUAAGAGCUAUUGGGAAAAUCAGUGCUUUAGAACAACAACAACAACGAAUGACAGUUUUGCCAAAAAUGGUCGUAAAGUUCAAUAUUUUUUCUUGACUCUAUCUGACUUUCAUGUCCGAUUCAGCGAAAUAUUUAACAUUUCAAGAGAUUAUUGCCUCAUGCUGCACUAGGACUGCACAUAAUUUUUAAAUAUCUUAAUUAUUCUUGAUUUGCAAAUGACAUUGCUUGUUUUGGCUCGGAGUAAAAUAACUGAUUGUUGAAAAAGCUAAGAUUAUAGGGUUUAGGUAAAUGUAACAAUAACUCAAUGCUAGAGCGCUGCAUCACAUAGGUUGUUCAACAGCAUCGAAACGUUUAUUGCUUCGUGUACAAAUUUCUAUCAAGGUUUUUUGGUCAAAAUUUGACAUAGGUUGUUGUUGCUCCAAGGAACAGAAACAAAGGAGAAUGUUUAUCAGGAGGACUGAUCAUUAUUACUUCAUUUGAAUAAUGCAAUGAAUCAAUAUUUCAAUUGAAUAAUUCACUAAUUUUAACUCAUCAAAUUGAUAUCAAUUGUCAUUCAAUUGACAUGACUUCAAAUUGAUGAAGUUGCGUUUUGAAAGAAAAGUUUUUUACGUGGAAGAGAAAAAGCGUUUCAAACAGAACGAGGUGGAAAGAAAGUUUAUUAACACGGAGAUUUGUGCCAAAAAAUGUUUGUACAAAAUACGAAAAUAGUUAAUUUGUAUUUAUAACCAACUUUUAAUGCAUAUCUAUAGAAUAAUUAUAGGUAUUCUAAAAGUAUUCCGAAAUAAUCUAUUCCAAAAAAUUGCACAGUAAUCGUACAUUUAAAAAACGGGUAAUUUAAGAUUCAACUCUUAAAUAUAAUACUUUUUUAAGAGAAAGUUGACGUGAUACCAAAUUUGAAAAUUAGUUACAAAGCUUACGUGUUUCAGCAAAUGUACUUUAUGAAUAUUCAAAAAACUGUGUUGUUAAAGAGUUUGUAUGAAAUUCUAGGUUCAUUGAUUUUAUGUACAUUCAUUAUUUAUU